AUUAAAAUGAAAAGUUACUUAUAAAAGAACUAAAUGAAAAAGAAAAAAAAUACAAUAUGGCGAGUGAUUAAAGAAAUAAUUUAAAAAAACAAAAAACGAGAAGCAGAGGAAAACUGGCGCCGACCACCCUCUAUAGCUCGUUCUCACCUUCCGCCAUCUCUCUCUCUCUCUCUCUCACACACACACACACACACACACAGAGAUAUACACAAUGCAAAACAGACCUCUCUCUCUAUCUCUCUGAACCAGAAAUUGUGCAACAAUUGAACGCGUGAGCUAAUCAAAACGGCCUCUUUGGAACUCCCAAGAAGUAAACCAAAACGGAAAGGCGUUGCUUGCACGAUCUCUCCGUCUCUCUCUCCCGUAUAUAAAUGUGUGAUCUUUUGAAAACGAUCGUUUCGAAAUGGAGAAUUGAAUAAACGAAUAAUUGACGGAUAAGUAAAGAAGAAGGAAAAAGAAGGGACAGGAAAAGUUGCACGCUUAGUGUUUGUUGCAAGGUUUCGGAAGCCGGGUGUUGAUCAGGUACCGAUUUUAGGUUGCCUUUUUCCCUCUGUUUUUGAGGCUGCGAUUGUUUUUUGAGAUGGAAUUUUGUGUGCGGAUCAUGUGGUUGCUGUUUUAUUGAAUUACCUCAUCUGCCAUUUUUUAUUAGGUUUUUGUAAUUGGGGUUUUUUGUUAAUCGUCUCUAUAAUCUGCCUUUGGCUUGGGAAAAGGUUUGUUUCGAAUUUGUUUGUGCUGAAAUGUUUGUUUUGAUGUUUAUUUUGUCUGUUACGUUAGGUUGAGGAAUUUCCUCUAAUCCUCUCUCGGCAUUGAACACUAGAUGAUGGUAUUAGAAUCAUUGAUUUCAUUAUAUUCACAUGAAUUGUUUUUGGAGAGAGGCUAGGAAGGGCCCUAAAUCAUUGUUUACUUUUUUUUUCCCUUCCUUUUUUCUUUCUUUCAUGGUAGAGGCCAUUGGCAUUCAUUUAAUUGUUUAUUUGUAUGUUUUCUUGUGUUGUAGGAUUCUUGUUUCCCAGUUCUCUAUCACAAUUUCUGUUUGCAUGGCUGAAGUAAGUGUUGAUUCUCUGGUUACUCCCGAAAAAGAUAAAUUAGAUGGGAAAAUAAACGAAGGUUCUGAUGGGAAUCAGGAUUCUCUGAGUAAUGGGCGCAGCACUGAUACCCCUCCUCUUAGAGCAUCUGUUGGUUCCUACCAUGCUGGACACAGUUCCUUGAGGAGUUCUGCAGACAAAUCGGAGUCUGCCAACAGUAGUCAGAAAGCGGUUCCUCGUUAUCUCAGAGCAUCUACUGGCUCUUGCCAUGAUUUCUGUAAAUUUGGAAAACAACAUUCAAUUGAAACUAAAGCAAGGAAGCCCGUUCGGAAAAGGAUUGAAAAACUGUCUCCUGCUCAGAUACCUGUUGAGAUAUUUGUUUCAGGUGGCAAGAAGGAGGAGGAGGUGGUUUCAGGUGGCAAGAAGGAGGAGGUGGUUUCAGGUGGCAAGAAGAAGGAAGAGGUGGUUUCAGGUGGCAAGAAGAAGGAAGAGGUGGUUUCAGGUGGCGAGAAGAAGGAAGAAGUCGUUAAUCAUGGACCUUCAAUAGAUAAAAAAGUCCAUUCAACUGGCAAGAAGCCAUCCCUUGAUACCAAAUCUUAUCCCACAAAACCAAGGACAUCCUUGACCUUGAGUAAGGAAAAGGCUACAAAGCACAAUCCUUCAACAUAUACCAACAACCAUUCACCUAGUGUUCCUUCUCCUCAUAAGAAAUCCAAUAUGCAGAAGCCUAAAUUGUCCACUUAUCCCUCAAAGCAAAAUGACUCUUCUGGCAGUAAGACUCUUUUGCCGAAAUGUAAGUCUUCAUCUGCUAAGAAAUCUCCUUCAGUGGAUCCCCCUGAAAUUGUAAAGAGUGUAUUCUUUCCCUAUACAGAAGUUGAAGAUUCAGUAAAACAAGGUUCCUCGACUGAUGAUAAAAUAUCAAGAACUGAAAAAAAGGCAACUUCUGUGGCCAAGCUGCAGAAGUCUCCUGUGAAGUUGAAGCCUGUUGUGAAGUUGAAGCCUGUUAAGGUUAAGCCAUCAUCUGCACCUGAUGAUUCAGAUACUGAAAAAAAGGCAACUUCUGUGGCCAAGCAGCAGAAGUCUCCAGUGAAGUUGAAGCCUGUUAAGGUUAAGCCAUCAUCUGCACCUGAUGAUUCAGAUAGUAUGCAUGGCAAAGGUGGAAGAAACAGCAAUGCUCAAACAGGCAGAAAAUUGAUGACGGCCAAAGCAUCUGCAAAGAAAAUAUUGGCACCUCCUUCUGGUACUCUGCCGUCUAAGCUUCCUUUGAAAAAGACGGCACAAUUCAAUUCAGGAAAACCUGGAAACUUGAAAUUGGUGUCUCCUCUAAAGGAUCGGAAUAGGAUACGAAGGGUUAAUACUAAGACAUCUGAGAAUGAGAAGGUUACUGAGAAAAUGCUGCAUGUAAUCGGGGUGGAAACUGGGAACAAUGUCUCCAAGCCUAUCCCAGGUGAUAAUGUCAGUUCAUCACCUCAGUCUCCACUAUCAGCGGAAUCAUUGUCUCAUGGAAAAUCUUUGUCAUUAUCGUCUUAUGAAGAUGACAAUUCAGAUUCGGAGGAGAGUGCUGUUGAAACAGACAAAUUAAUCUCCAAGAACUCGCUGGAGACUGGCAAGGAAGCACCUGUGAAAGAGAAUCAUAAGAAGACAAUACGAAAGAUUAGGGGGGUUGUUCCUGAAGUUAAACAUGUCUCUCCUGUGAAGGUGAAGUUCAGAAUAGGGAAGGUAGUGGAACUUCAGUCUGAUAAUAAUACGCCUAGGAAACUUAGAUUUAGGAGGGCAAGGGUCCUAGGAGUGGAAGAAAGUAAAGGUGAUUUGAGGAGGAAAACCACGAAAAAGACUGGGGUCACUAGUGACACAGCUGGUACAGGGGUUUCGUCUCAGAAGGUUGUUUUGAAGCAUCAAGAUGUAGUAGGGAAGAAAGAUGCUCAAGGUUUGUUGAAUAAUGUCAUCGAGGAGACAGCAAGUAAACUUGUCGAAAGUAGGAAAAGUAAAGUUAAAGCCCUGGUGGGAGCUUUUGAAACUGUUAUCUCUCUACAAGAAAGUAAACCGUCCACACAGGUUGUCAAUUAAUUGUGAAUAAUUUCUUAUCAUGUUUCUGACAGUAUAGAGUGAUUCGUAGGAGAAUAAUGGUGAGGUGUGAAUAGAGAAGUCGCGUCUGCUUGAUACUACUGAUCCGUGCAAGUAGCUGAGGUUAGUACUAGAAAGCCUCGGUGGCUUUGUUGUACGGUGUUCUCGUGUUGAGUGGUUUGUGUAGCAUUCUCGAUCAAAGCUCGGAAACCACUCUCAGAGGCUUGUCUUUUUUAUGUCUUCUUUCUUAGCUUUUUAGACUGAAAGGGAAGUGGAGAUGGUAAAGUACAAAGGUUUUUGGACAUAGUUGUCUUCCAUGAGUUGAUGAAACUUGGUAUAACUUUUUUAUGUUUGUUUUGGAGUCGACAAGACACAUGCUUUGUGUUGGUUUUGUAGUGACUUUCUGGCUUUGAAUUGAAGAGUUUUAGGCAUCUAAUUGAUGAUGGAUGGCUUAUUUCUUC